GAGAAGUGAUAUACUUCAUACUUAGCUGUAUCUUAGUGUUGAGGAGGCCGUUUUUACAUGCUCGCAACACAAAAGUAACUUUGUUCCUGUGGAGAAAAACAGCCAAGGCUCAUUUUUAAAGAAGAAUGAAAUCGCUUGCUGUAUUCCUGUGUCUUGGAUUUGUGUUUGUGUCCUCAGCCAGUGUCUUAAAUACGAAGGAAUGGACCAAACUCAUCUUGACUCACCACUGGCCACCAACCUUUUGCAGUAUGGAAAAGUGCCAUUCAAACAUAAGUUAUUGGGCCCUGCAUGGAUUAUGGCCUGACUCUGGGAAUGAGUGCAACUCAUCCUGGCACUUUAACGCAAGUCUGAUUGAGGACCUGAUGCCAGAAAUGAAAACAUACUGGCCAGAUCUUCUUAAACCUAAUAGUACAAUAUUCUGGAAGCAUGAAUGGCUCAAGCAUGGGACAUGUGCUGCCAAAGCAGAAGUUUUAAAUUCUCAGCACAAAUACUUCAGCAAAGCUCUGGAGCUCUACCAUAAGCUGGACCUUGAUGGUGUGCUGAAAAAGAGCAACAUCUUACCUUCUGAAGACCCCUACAAGUUCGCAGAUGUGGAACAGAGUAUAGUCAAUGCCUAUGGAGUCAAGCCAAAAAUCCAGUGCAUCUCUCAUGACAAGGAGGCUGAGGUUCAGACCAUGGGCCAGAUAGAGGUCUGUUUUGACAAGCAGUUUCAGCUGAUAGACUGUGAGAAGAGAAUGGAGGAGCUUCAGAACAACACAGGCUUUAUGGUUUGUGAUGAAUCUGUGCCGGUCUACUAUCCUCCAACAGCAAGCACACGGCUCCUGCAGAAGUUUCUCUAAACUAAAGGCUUUAAAAAUACACCAUGUUGUGUUUUCCACAUCCCACAUCAGGUUCACUGAACUGCUGUAGUCUUGGCCUGUUGUACACUGAUCAGCCAUAACAUUAAACCACC